UGGGCAGGGGCGUGAGAGGGGCGGCGGCGGCGGGCCCCGUGACGGAGUGGUGGGCUUGGCGCCCCCGUCCCGCAGCUCGCAUCAGAGAGGGGUUUCGGAGCAAAACCGUAGCGAAAGGGCAGGGGCCGUCGCGGCGUGUGGGCGGCGGUAGGGCCCGGGGGCGGCGCGGUGCAGUCAAACCCACCCCCGCAUGCAGCGUGGGGCCUGCCGGGCCGCCCACCUGCCUCGCGAAGAGAUGACUUGGGGGCGGGAAGGGCGGACAAGCCUAACCACCAGCACUUUGGCAAGGGUCCGCCAAGGGCAGGGGCUGCCCGAUGCAGCGGAAGCCUCCAGGAAACCUCGUCUCUAGCAGCCGCAGCGUAGGCUUUUGUGGCGAACCUCAGGGGCUAGCCGAGCCGCUGGCGCCCGGCCUCCUCCGCGCCGCGGGGACCGCUCCCGUGUGCGCCGAUGCAGGCGUGCGGGAUCCUGGCUGCCUGCCGGCCCCGGGGCCAUGCGACACGGGGCGGCCCUGGGGAGGGGACAGGCAUGCUGUUGCCCGUGCUGGCGCAUCACGACGGUGCGCUGGGGCGAGGUGCCUGCAGCGCAAAGCGGCGCCUGGAAAGUUUUGUUCGCGUGCGGGCUGCGAGCGGCUGCGGCCCGGGCUGGGAUGCGGGGCCCAGGGCCCGGCUGCCCGGCGCUCCCCGCCGCACCGUGUCUGCCGCGGCCGGGGCUGGCGUAGGCGCCCCCUGGGAGAGCCGAGUGCGGGCAUUAAACCCCCCUCCUUCCCUCCCUCCUCCCCGCCGCCCUCCUCCGCCCCCCUCCGUCCCUCCCUCGCUCUCCCCCUCCCUCCGUCUCUCCCUCCCUCCCUCUCCCCGGUGCGCGGCCAUUGCAGUGACCCCGGCCGGCCAAGGAUGAUCACGAACACGCGGGGUUUCCUGUGGUCGGACCUGGAGACGCGGGCGCUGCUGGAGAUCUGGGGGGAGGCGGACGUGCAGUCGGCGCUGGACGGCAACUUUCGGAACAGCCAUGUGUACCGGGACGUGGCCUGUCGCCUGGCCGAGCUGGGCUUCGAGCGCACCCCUGAGCAGUGCCGCAUCCGCAUCAAGGGCCUCAAGCGCCAGUACUACCAGGCCCGGGACGGGCUGAAGAAGAAUGGGCACGCCCGCAAGAUAUGCAAGUACUACGACGAGAUGGACCGGAUCCUCAGCUGCCGGGGGGGUGCUGACGGCGCCCCGGAGCCCUUGGCCCCGCCGCCUGACGGCCCGCAGCCGGCGGGGCCGCUGGCCGGGCCGCCCACGCCGGGCACACCGCACAACAGCCGGGAGGUGGACGCCGAGCUGGACGAAGACGCCGAUCUGGAGUCCCCCCGCGACAACUUCACCGAGGACUCCGGGGAGUGCUCCUCCUAUGCCGACCACCCCAUCAAGGUGGAGUGCCCCCCCUUCGCCAUCCCUGUGCCGCCGGGCGACGGCUUUAAAGAAAUCAGUGCUCCAACUAUGACCCCACCUCUCAGUCAGCCCAAAAGAUCAAAAAAACGCCAUGCAAAUUUAACGUUGGAUAAAAUGAUGGAAAAAUUCCUGCAGCAGAGUGUGGAUACAGAAGAGAAAUUUUACAGAUAUGAAGAGCAGAGGCUCAAAAUUGAGGACAAACGACGGGAAGCUGAGCAUGCUCGAGAGCUUCAGAUGUUACAGAUGUUGGGACAGAUGUUAGCAGGAAUUUCUUCUACGAUAUCGCAAAGGUCACAGUCUAUACCGACGAGCCCACCUCAGAGAGCGAACCAUCGUUCGUAUGGGGAUAACUUUAAUUAUAAUGCUAUGACAGCAGCACUUUCUCCACCGAUAGUUAUAGAAAGAUCUUUUUCACUGCACAGACCACACUCUCUAAAGGAUAUGGAGAAUAUUUUUCAACUGGUGCGCAACGUUAUCCCUCCUCUAAGUGGGAAAAGACAUAAAGGUCAAGACGGACGUAUAGGCAUUGUUGGAGGAUGUCAAGAAUACACUGGAGCACCGUAUUUUGCUGCAAUUACAGCUCUCAAAGUGGGUGCAGAUUUAUCCCAUGUGUUUUGUACCAAAGAUGCAGCAACAGUAAUCAAAUCAUAUAGUCCAGAGCUGAUUGUUCAUCCAGUUCUUGAUAGUCCAAAUGCUAUCCAUGAGGUGGAAAAGUGGUUACCACGACUGCACUCAGUUGUCAUAGGACCUGGCUUAGGCAGAGAUGAAGUUCUUCUUGAGAAUGCAAAGGUCAUUAUCGAAAGAUCAAAAGUGAAAGGAAUUCCUAUCAUUAUUGAUGCUGAUGGACUGUGGCUCAUUUCCCAGCAGCCUUCUCUUAUUCAAGGCUACCAGCGAGCUAUUCUUACUCCAAACUAUAUGGAGUUUAGUAGACUGUAUGAAGCCAUGCUUAGAGACCCCGUAGACAGUAGUGACCAUCAUGGAUGUGUAUUAAGACUCAGCCAAGCCAUGGGGAAUUUGACAAUUGUUCAAAAGGGAGAAAGAGAUCUUAUUUCAGAUGGAGAGAAAGUGCUUGUGUGCAGUCACGAAGGAAGCAGCCGGAGGUGUGGUGGACAGGGGGACCUCCUCUCUGGUUCUCUCGGAGUCUUGGCGCACUGGGCAUUCCUUGCUGGAGCAGAAAAAACAAACGGUCAAAACCCCUUCCUCGUGGCAGCAUUUGGAGCUUGCUCCCUCACCAGGCAGUCCAACCACCAGGCCUUCCAAAAAUUCGGACGUUCCAUGACCGCCUCCGACAUGGUUUCAGAAGUCGGAACAGCUUUUAACAAACUUUUUGAAACCUGAAGCCAAAAAAAAGGCAGCGGAGGAGAAAAGAGAAGAGAAGGGAGAGCAACGACUGCGAGAGUAAUGACAUUGACCGUAGGAUUUCCAUAAGUAACGCACCCUUUCAAGUGCUGUAGCAGCAUCGGUAUGCUAGAGGUAGAUUUCUUGUUCUUUUGGGUUUUUUUCUUAAAAAAGAAUAGAAAAAUAUGAUUAAUGUAGAUAUUUUUUAAGAGUUUGGAAUACAAAAACAACACUGUUUUGGCUGAAAUAAGCUGUAGUUGCAGAUCUGUUAUAAUAUAAUAAAACUAAACUGAAAGUAUUCCUCUGAUCUUUUUUUUUUUAUAGUUAUUGAGCAAUAAAUAACUAAAGUGUAAACAGCAAAAAUAAAGAAAAUGCACUUGAUCCUUAGGUAAAAAUUCUUCCACCAGCUCAACUGAAUUUCUUGGGCUUGCACCCAGGCUGUCAUGUUUCCAUUCUUAGACCUUCUGUCUAGAAUUAGCUAUUGCACUUCCGUUUUUUUUGCCAUGCUAGUCUAUAAAGAAGUGAAAAGUGUAAGCCUCUUUGGAAAGGGAAUGCAUGAGAGUUGCUGUAGAUUUGGAAUGUAAUUAGUUGCCUUUUCCCAUUCCUAGUCCCAGAGGCAGCGUUCCUGCCAACAAGACACCCCCUUCCUGCAACGGUCUUGUUGGUUUGGGGUUUUUUAAGAGGUUACCCCCUCCACCAUGGAAUAAGGAUCUACUGUAGGCAUCUUAGCACUAAACAGGGAUUAUGCUUACCUGAAACAAAACACAUUCUUUUCUGUUCCUGUAGCAGUCCUUGACUCACCUAGAAGUCAGUGUGAUGGGCUCUGUGAAACUGUCAUUCGGAGAGGUACGAGGCAGGGCAGGAACCACAGUGACACCUGACUCUACCGUGGGCCAAACUCAGUGGCUGUGGAAGAGCGAGGUGAUCCUAGAGCAAUGAUCGCCUGCCGAGCGAGGUAGCACAGGUAGGCAGGUGGCUGUGUGGCACCCAGCACGAGUAAGAACUGGAGGAACUAAAGGCAGCCCGCAGCAGGUCCCUGUGCCCCCGCAGUGCUACACAGGCUGUCCUGCAGGGCCCAGCAAAGGCAGGAAGAGAAAAAGGGGUGGUGGGCGCUUGGGCCCUGAGCGCAGCACCUGGGUUGAGGGACUGUUUUGCUCUGUCCUUAGCAGGGCAGAGGUGUGUGUAGGGGGGAGGGUAAAGGAGAAGUUGGGAGGCAUUUUGCACAGCAGCCAGCAGCAUUUCUUAAAACUUUUUGGAAAUUCAGGCAAUGCUUGUAGGGACUGAACCAAGCUGGAGAGGGAGACAAGUUCAUACAAAGUAUAUUGAUGGAGGUCCUGCCCUUCACCCUCCAGCCUGGCUGCAAGUGUCUAUACUCCCGAAAGCACAGGAACAGGCCUGUGCCAGCCUCAUUGCCCCCAAGGGCAGUGUCAUGGUCACUGCAGCUCCAGCCUGCACUACAGCCUCCUGCCCACCCCCCCCAGCUCCUGCCUUGCAAGAGCUGCCUGCAGCAGGCACCAGGGCCCAGAAAGGCUGCUCCCUUCAGCCCUUCCUGUUGCUAUUUCUGGAUGCACUGUGACUACUACCUCACCCCCAAUGCAUUUUUGGUUUUAAACCAGUUAGUUACCUAUUUUUCAAAUAGGUUUUUAAAUGUUUGCUCAUGUUGGUCUAUGAGGGUUCAGAGACUUUUUAGCUUAGAGCAACAGCUACUGAUAAGAGAGGGGGGUUUUGGUGUUUAACGGGAGCAGUUUUGUAAACUGUCUACGUCUUUGAGGAGAACUAAGCUACUGCUGCUUCUCCCCCAGAAACCUACGUGAGAAGCCUGACUCCUUUUAAAGAAAAUCAGAAAGUUCAAACUGAUUUUAAAACAGCUACUGGAUUUCUUUUAAAAUGAACGUUGUUGUGGUCUUUAGAACGUCAGUGGUAUUAUAAUCUAAAUGGCGUUUGUAGGCGAAGUCAAUCAGUUAACAGAGCUCAGUACAGAUUUCAACCUGCUGCGCUGGUUUUAAAUCCACACAGAAGUUGUAACUUUGUUAUUCACUAAUGUAUAUGAAUUGUUUCAAUUUUUAAACAAACAUUCUGGAAAUGUAGCAGUUUCUUUGGGUAGGAAAUAAAAAUAAUAGCAAGUUAA